GUAUUCAAUCGUUUUCGCUUUCCUAUUCCACUCCUCUUCACCUCUUCUUCUCCUUCACAGCUCGAUCCAUCUCGGAUUCUCAGGCAAAGCUCUCUCAAUCUCUUCUUCUUGUUCUUCUCGACAUGUUUCAAAGACUAGUGGAAAAGCUGAGGAUCAACAUAAUCCUGUGAAAGAACAACUUUAGUUCAAUGGCACAUGGAAAAUCUGUUGACGAGGAGAGUGCUGGAAAGUAUGUUCCUUUAAGAGACGAAGAUGAUCCACGUCUGGAGAUGUUCAACAGGCCACUUCCUUGUUUUGGUUGUGGAAUUGGAUGGUUUUCUUUACUCUUAGGAUUUCUGUGUCCAUUGACAUGGUACUAUGCUGCAAUCCUGUACUUCUGCAAGUACUACAACAAGGAUCCAAGAGAACGCGGUGGUCUCGCUGCUUCAGCAAUUGCUGCCUUACUAUGCACAGUGGCGAUCAUCAUAGCUGUAAUUAUCAUCUACGCCUAGUUUCAAACGAUACGUAUUCAUCUCCAAAGCUAGUUUCUCCGUCGCAAAAUGAACUCAGCCUCAAAGAAAUUAAUUCUUCAUCCUUGUGGGUCUACGAUGAUUGGAUAGAUUGAAGACGAUGAACGGUGGAAUAAGAAAAUUCUGUGCAUGAUGUAAGAUAAAACUAGACUGUAUAUUGUAACAUGCAUUUUUUGCCUUAACGUUUUGCCUGAAUAUGAGUAGCAGCAUCAUAGUUCUGUCUAAAGUUCACCUUUGUAUGUUCUAUGUGAAUCUAUAACAAACAUGCCUUAUUUUCCUUU